AUGGACAGCUUUCCACCAGCAAUUCAGCACGUGUUGGCGCCUACGUCUGGCUCGCUCACUGUUGCACAACUCACGCAAAUGGGCAAACUGUUGAUAGAGAUGCAUGACCGUGCCAAACUUCCAUUUGCCGCACUUGGAAUUUCCGCUGUUCCUCCAAUUUCUUCCCUCUUAGACCUGAAGACUGAUAUUGCGCAACUAACCGAACAGCUAGUUACCCUGAACCAGCAAUCAACCUCUCUAUCCUGGCGUCCGCCGAGCUCAUCUGCCUGGCAUUUCCAGCCUGUUUCUUCAACUCAUCCCAACACAGCUACUACCCGUCGGUAUCACACAACCUUUUGGUGCCAGAGCCCGUCCCUGCAUCUCUCCCUGCUCCUUUGUCUCCAAGCAGAACACAUGCGUUAA